AUCCCCGCACUAACCCCCAUCUCGUAAACUAAUCAACCCCCGGACCCGGCCCGAUCGCGGGGGCGAUACGCGCCAAGCUUUCACCGCCCGGGGGACUAGUUUGUUCCGUCUCGCGCUCUGCCUCUCUCCCUCUCUCUGUCAGGAGAGCGAGAUGCGGCCGGGAGCAUGAACCAAAAGGGCGGGGGAGGAGGAAUCCGCUGCGGGCCUGCGGGGGGAGCAGAAAACACCAGCGCACUGGCCUUGGGAAUUCCACGGCCUGGAAUCUUCCCCCGCCUCUACUUCUCCCUCCGCGGUGGUGGGUGUCCCAUUCGCCUUUGAUUCCAUUUCCUGUCCCCCGGCUUCCUCAGAUCUGCGAUCCUUAUCCCCCGCCUCCCCGGGUUUCCUCUUCGGCCCACAGUCGAGGAGACGCCAGCCACCGCCGGCCGCUUCGCCUCUUGUGCUCCAAUGAUUUUGUAGGUGGGAGAGUCCGGAGGCUGCUGCUGGGUGGUUCGGUGGCUCAGCCGAGCUCAGGGUGCUUCCGCGCCGUUCUUGCCGGCUGGUGCUUGGAGGUUCUCUGUGCUCGAAGCUGUGUUCAGUUGAUUGGGAGGAUGGAUUUGGGGCGCGUUGGUUCCCGGGACCGGGAGGUGGGUGUUGGUUCGGCUUUCCUCUGAUCGAAUUAGUGCUUAAUUUGAGCCUCCGGUGGUUUCUUUGGGUGGAAAAAAGAAGGUUUGAGUUUUUGGGAUCAGGGAGCUGGCCUACGUCGCAGGACUCCGCUGGUUGUUGGAUCGUCGCCAUUGGCGCCGAGAACCUGCCCUGUCGUAGGGCCCCUCCUGUAUCGAAGUUGGAUUUUGGCGGAGAAAUUUUGCUGCUCUGCAGCCGCUUUAAGCGGCUACCUUUGCUGACCUUUCCUCCCAAAGGACUGACCUUUUGGGUUCCGGCGCUGAUUGGUGAACUGCUGCUGAUCGACGGGUCCUCGGAGUGCUGGUCUAUCUGGGCUAUCAACAGGACAUUUUACGCGGAAGAAAAGUAGUCUCCUGUGCAGAUACUGCUUCCUGGUAUUAACUUGUUCCUUGUGUUGAGCAAAGAUUCUGUCUAGCCAGAAGACAGAGUGCUCCUCCUUUUAUCCUGUCCAGAGCUCAAUACAGUGUUCUAAAUCCAUAUUGGCGUACUAAUAAGAGUGGAUAAGGAGGAUCUUGGCCUUAAACGAGUGGAGCAAAGCAAUGGAUAUGCCUAUGCCUUCCAACCGUGCCGGCUGCAACGGUAACAUCAGCAGCCCCAUGGGGUCUUCAGAUGAUCCCUUUGGUGUUGCUGCCACGAUGAACUUUGAUGGAUACUCAGAGCUCUGCAGCCCUUCAGUUGCUGAUCAGAUAUUCUCGAUGCUGAAUGAUCCCUCGGCUGCACAGCAGAUGUUUGCUAUGUGGUCAUCCUUGGGAUCGUCUCCGCGUGCUUCUGCUAUGAGAGACGACAUGCCAUUUGGCACCUAUUCUGAACCUAUGGAUGCAACAGCAGCACCUACUCAAAGGAGCAAUUCGGCAUCGGCGUUGAGUCCAACUGGUGUGGACAGAGAGCUAAAAGUUUCAGAUGAACUUGUUCCACAUAAUGGUUUGCAACAAGGAAGUAACAUCAUUCCGAGGUCUGUGGGCAACUUUCUUGCAGACAAGAUGCUCAUGGCCCUGUCUUUGUUCAGGAAGUCAUUGAGCGAUGGUGUUCUUGCCCAAGUCUGGAUGCCUGUUGAGCACGAUGGUCGUGUCGUGCUGAGUACGUUCGAGCAGCCUUUUCUACUUGACCAGGAUCUUGCAGGUUACAGAGAGGUGUCUCGGAAUUUCCUGUUUUCAGUGAAGGAGGAGCCUGGGCUGCACCUAGGGCUUCCAGGGAGGGUCUUCAUAUCUGGGGUGCCAGAGUGGACCUCAAGUGUUCUCUAUUAUAGUAAGCCAGAGUAUUUGAGAAUGGACCAUGCUCUUCGUCAUGAAAUACGUGGGUCACUUGCUAUGCCAAUUUAUGACCCCAGCAAGGGCUCUUGUUGUGCAGUGCUUGAACUUGUCACAAACAAGGAGAAGCCUGAUUUUGAUGCGGAGAUGGACAGCGUUUGCAAUGCCUUGCAGGCUGUGAACUUGCUGACAACAACAGAUCGCAGCGAUAAGAAGGUUUACUCUGAAAAUCAGAAAUCUGCUUUCACUGAGAUUUUGGAUGUUUUAAGAGCCAUUUGUCAUGCACACAUGCUUCCAUUGGCCCUUACAUGGGUUCCUACAUCAAAUGGCAUUUCUAAUGGUUCUUGUGCUGGAAAGAAUAUUGGGGUUGAUUCACAAUCAGGAAAAGCAGUACUUCGUGUCCAUGAAUCAGCUUGUUAUAUUAAUGAUGCAAAGAUGCAGGGGUUUCUUCAUGCAUGUGCUGAGCGUCAUCUUGAGAAAGGGCAGGGUAUUGCUGGCCGAGCACUUAAAUCCAAUCUGCCAUUCUUCUCGCCUGAUAUAAGAGAGUACAGUAUUGAAGACUACCCGCUUGCACACCAUGCUCGUAAGUUUGGUCUGCAUGCUGCUGUAGCCAUCCGGUUGAGGAGCACGUACACCGGUAACGAUGACUACAUUCUAGAAUUCUUUCUCCCAGUCAACUGCAAGGGCUGUGGAGAGCAACAGAUGUUAUUAAACAACCUUUCCAGCACCAUGCAAAGAAUAUGCAAGAGUUUGCGAACAGUUUCUGAAGCGGAGGUUGAUAAUGCUGGUGCUUCUGGUACAGCAAUGCAUGAGAAGACUAAUGGAACUUUACCAACUGGUAACACUGAAAGUUCCUCGCAUGAUGACCAGCCAAUUACAGAAUCUGCAUUCCAAGAUCUAUCUUUGGGUGACAAACAAGGAGAUAGAGAACCUGACCAGGCAUAUAGUAGCUCAAUGCGAGUUGCAGAGAAAAAACGCAGUACAUCCGAGAAGAAUUUUAGUUUGGAUGUUCUUCGCAAAUACUUUUCUGGGAGCCUGAGGGAUGCUGCAGUGAGCCUUGGUGUUUGUCCAACAACUUUGAAACGGAUAUGCAGACAACAUGGAAUUUCGCGAUGGCCAUCUCGAAAGAUAAACAAGGUCAAUCGUUCAUUGAAGAAGAUCCAGACUGUCAUUAACUCGGUCCAUGGUGUGGAUAGAUCCUUGCAGUAUGAUCCUGCUACUGGUUCCCUAGUUCCAGCAGCCUCUCUUCCAGAUAAGAUGCAAUUCUCUGCUUGUGAUACAUUGCCUACUUCAUCUGUUGGAAAACCAAUGGAGGAAAAAUCUAGCCCGAAAUCAGAACAAGGUUUAUCCUCACCUGAUGGAUGGCAAAGAGAAACUUGCCAAUUUCACGUAUCAAGUAUAUCGAAAAGAGAAGGUGAUGAAGUUCGAAUGUUGGCAAACGACAACAAUAGCAGUAGAAACUGUGCUUCUGAUGUUGCAAAGGUCACACCACAUUCAAACUCUGAAGGUGCACAAGGUCCAUUGUAUCCCAUUGGUGCUGUUAAUUCUUUGUGUACCGGAGAAAUAGGCUACAUCAGUUCUCCGACCUCUCUCCACCCAAGCAUCGAUAGUGUCGAAGACCCUACAAUGGGAAGGAAUUCAUCAUUUGUACAACAAGCAGAUGUCACUAUGGUCGACGGUCAUGACACCAAGGAGCACACCCAUCCUUCCACCUCCGGUAUGACUGAUUCUUCCAGCGGCAGUGCAUCAAGUCAACCUACUUUCAAGGGGAACCCAGGACAUGUCCUCAAAGAUAGAAGCAGCCCAGCGCUGACAGUCAAGGCUACCUACAACGGUGACACUGUGCGGUUCAAAUUCCUACCAGCGAUGGGCUGGUAUCACUUACUGGAAGAGAUAGCAAAGAGGUUCAAGCUGAUGACAGGAGCGUUCCAGCUCAAGUACAAGGAUGAUGAGGAUGAAUGGGUGAUCCUGGCGAACGACUCUGAUCUCCAGGAGUGUGUGGACGUCCUGGAUUUGAUCGGCUCGCGCAAUGUGAAGCUGCAGGUGCGUGACCUCCCAUGCCUCAUCAGCAGCUCGGGCAGCAGCAGCUGCUUGCAGGUGGAAGCGCACAGCUCAUGACAGCAUGAGAAACCUAGGGCGUCGUCCCUAAACCGUAGCCUGUUGUAGUAGGUCUAGUAUUCUGUUGCAGCCAUAGAGGAUCUGCGUUUGUGCUCACGCGAUGCCGUCUAUGGAAUGUACAAAUGGCUAGAGUGAAAAAAGAAAGUGUAAUACUCGUCGCACAGAUCUCGUGCACGGUUGAAACAGUGUCGAAAAGAUCUUGGCAUAAUCUGUUGUCACUUGUCAGUUUCAAGGUCUUGACAAUAAUCUGUUGUCACGGUGCCUGUACAUCUGAAGGAGGAAACCGGUAUUUCUGAACUUCCUGUCUUGUCAACUUCAGUCUAUUCCUUUCAGUAAUUCAGUUCCCUUGAGAAAUAUAUCUGUGCUUUGGACGGCUGCUGUCGUACCCUGUGUGGCUGUGUAGCGUAGCUACAAAGCCAUGUGGACAGCGGAUACGAAGCGUUUUGGAGUCAGUUUCGAACAAUCUUUUCUCCGAUCUCCUAGUAGUGACGGCCUGGCAUCCUGACAUUUUGGCUUUGAUUGCUCGAGGUGCGGGCUGCUUUCCGACCCAGCACGACUCUGGUUGUGCUGCUGAAACUGAAAGCGUGGAGCUGCUCGUGAGACCGGACGGGAGAGCUACUGUUUGUUUGUACUGAGGCCCAUCACAAGUCGUCCAUCCGGGAAGAAUAGCAGCUCGCCCUCGCCGUCAGGGCAGGACGAGGGAGGCCGGCAACUAGUGCUAUCAGAGGCUAUCGGCUGUCAACGGCGCAACUUGCAGAAUGUUUCCGUGGUGCGGAACGGCUGGACUGUCAGUUUUGCGUGAAGCUGGUGAUUUAAUCGUGGUGAUUGGUGAAGAAGAAGAGCUCCAGGAGCCGGAGAGCCUUUCAGAUCAAUUUGGAUCACUUGCGGGCAGGAUAAUUUCAGAGAGAUUAGGAUUACCUAAUCACUAUCAGCAGCACUCGGUCGGCAUGGCCUUCCUCGCGUGUAGUUUUGUACUCAUAUAAUUUCUCUCUUUUAGCAGGCAUGUUAGGAAGUCCUUUUCUUUUCAAAAAAUAAAAAAAUAGAUGACCUAAAGCUGCAAGCAGCAGUUAAUGCCACACAACCCGUGCUUGUAAAUGUUAUAAAAACAAAUCUGGUAAACAGUUACUGCUCCA